GCACGCAGCUCUACGCUGUCUGCUCUCCCAGCGAGAGCGAUGACGUGCGAGCCUGCGUUCUGCUGCGGUCAUUCAUAUACACAGGAGCCUGCAGGCAUGUCAUGCACACAGGGUCGUGUGGCUCUUCUGUGUCUCUCUCGCCAAACGGCUUAAUAUAAAUAUUAAAAAAAGGAUAUAACAGUAAUAAUCCAUCCUGGUUUUUAAAAAUAUCGAUUUAAAAAAAAAAAUGUUUUUGCAUUUUUUAAUUAAUGUUUAGUUGUGUUUGACGCACGGGUCUGUCAGACCCUUUGUUUGCAAAAUGAACAGGCAUGGCGGCAUCAACAAGACCGAGUCCAUUUAAAAUGUAACAAACUAAAUGACACCGGGGAAUUCAAUACAAAAUCAGCUACUAAACAGAAUCCUGUGUGCUGCCAUGGACAGUGUGAAGAUGGAAUCUGUCCAGAUUAAAGAGGAGUUCCUUGAACUUGUCCCCAUUAGAGUGGAGUUCUCUGGGCUGGCUUCCCUCCCCAUUAAACAGGAGCUCUGUGAGAUGCAAUGUGACAGCAGUCAGCCAGAGGACUCUGAGAUUAAAGCUGAGCACAAUGAAUUGGAGAUCCCCCAGACAGAAGAACCCCUUCCUGUGAAACAAGAAGAGGUGCUGGAAACUGUCCGUAUUAAACAGGAGCCUGAAGGAGUAUUGAAGGAAGAAUCCAAGGACUUCAAACCAAACAUCCCUAAGCUGGAGCCUGUACGCCUGCGGGAGUGUAGCGUGGUGCUGGAGAGAAUCUGUGUGAGAGAGCAAGGCGCUGGAGAGGAAGGCUCUCCCAACAGCACGCAAGGAGGUGGAAAGGAAGACGGGCGCUCCCAUUCAGAAUGCAGUCUAGCAGGUUCCAGUCCAGCAGCUAAAGCGAUGGCGGGCGGUGGAGAAUAUCCUGACUGUGGGAAAGGGUUCAUCCAGUUAGGGCAUUUAAAACAAAAACAGAGCAUUCACACAAGAAAGAAACUGUGUCGCUGCUCGGACUGCGGGAAGAGUUUCAGUCGAAUAGAUGGUCUUGUUUCACACCAGCGAAUUCACACAGGAGAGAAACCAUAUCGCUGCUCUGACUGUGGGAAGAGUUUCAGUCAGUCAAACAACCUCAAAAAACACCAGCGAACUCACACAGGAGAGAAACCUUAUCACUGCUCGGACUGUGGGAAGAGUUUCAGUCGAAUAGAUGGUCUUGUUUCACACCAGCGAAUUCACACAGGAGAGAAACCAUAUCGCUGCUCUGACUGUGGGAAGAGUUUCAGUCAGUCAAACAACCUCAAAAAACACCAGCGAACUCACACAGGAGAGAAACCUUAUCACUGCUCGGACUGUGGGAAGAGUUUCCGUCGAAUAUACAGUCUUGUUUCACACCAGCGAAUUCACACAGGAGAGAAACCAUAUCGCUGCUCUAACUGUGGGAAGAGAUUCAGUCGAAUAGACCAUCUUGUUUUACACAAGCGAAUUCACACAGGAGAGAAACCGUAUCACUGCAAGGACUGCGGGAAGAGUUUCAGUCGAAUAGAUGGUCUUGUUUCACACCAGCGAAUUCACACUGGAGAGAAACCUUAUCACUGCUCUGACUGCGAGAAGAGUUUCAGUCAGUCAGACAGCCUCAAAAAACACCAGCGAAUUCACACAGGCGAGAAACCAUAUCACUGCUCUGACUGUGGAAAGAGUUUCUGUCAGUCAAACAACCUUGUUUCACACCAGCAAACUCACACAGGAGAGAAACCGUAUCGCUGCUCUGACUGUGGGAGGAGUUUCCGUCGGUCAAACAGCCUUGUUUCACACCAGCGAACUCACACAGGAGAGAAACCUUAUCCCUGCUCGGACUGUGGGAAGAGUUUCACUCUGUUAGGCAACCUCAAAAAACACCAAAUCAUUCACACAGGAGAGAAACCAUAUCACUGUUCUGAUUGUGGGAAGAGUUUCAGUCUGUCAGGAAACUUGAAGACACACCAGCGAAUUCACACAGGAGAGAAACCGUAUCACUGCUCUGACUGUGGGAAGAGUUUCAUUCAGUCUGGACACUUUGUUUUACAUCAGCGAAUUCACAGAGGAGAGAAACCGUAUUUCUGCUCUGACUGUGGGAUGAGUUUCAGUCGGUCAGACAGCCUUGCUUCACACCAGCGAAUUCACAAAGGAGAGAAACCAUUUUGCUGCAGUGACUGUGGGAAGAGUUUCAGGAGGACAAGCAGCCUUGCUUCACACCAGCGAAUUCACACAGGAAUCAAACCUUAUCGCUGCUCUGACUGUGGGAAGAGUUUCAGUGUUUCAGGAACCCUGAAAAAACACCAGCUAAGUCACACAGGAGAGAAACCAUAUCACUGUUCUGACUGUGGGAAGAGUUUCAGUCAGUCAAACAGCCUUGUUGUCCACCAGCGAAUUCACACAGGAGAGAAACUAUAUUGCUGCUCCGACUGUGGGAAAAGUUUCACUCGGUCAGACAGCCUUGUUUCACACCAACGAAUUCACACAGGAGAGAAACCGUAUCAGUGUUCUGACUGUGGAAAGAGUUUCAGUAAGACAGGCAGCCUUGUUUCACACCAGCGAAUUCACACAGGAGUGAAACCUUAUCGCUGCUCUGACUGUGGGAAGAGUUUCAGUCUGUCAGGAACCCUGAAAAAACACCAGCGAAUUCACACAGGAGAGAAACCCUAUCACUGCUCUGACUGUGGGAAGAGUUUCAGUCGGUCAAACAGCCUUGUUGUCCACCAGCGAAUUCACACAGGAGAGAAACCGUAUUGCUGUUCCGACUGUGGGAAGAGUUUCAAGCAUUCAGUAUCCAUGAAAGCACACCAGCGAAUCCACAGAGGAGAGAAACCUUAAAGACCAUGUUCAAUGGGACUUUACACUCAUGAGGGAAAAAAUGUUAACCUUGCAAUUACUGUUUUGUGUCAGAAAGUGGACGGAGACGCGGACACGUCACAAGAGGCUUCUCUGCUGUCAGUUUAACUCAGGCUGUCAAUGCAGUCAGUGCCUGGGAGCGGGAAUAUGCAGAAAGGAAACUAUUCUGCACCUUAUCUGAUGGACGAGUCAGGAGAAAUUGAUAACUCAGUGUGGGGAAUGAGUUUCAGGGUUUAGCAUUUAAACUGCAUAGACUUGAAAAUAAAUACAUUGAUGGGAACGAGUAUCCCGACCCCGGUAUGUAGCAUCCCAGAGACAAGACUGCACCGUCCUUACUGGACAACCGCCUGGAGGGUUUGUCUUGUACAUUCAUCAUGAUUCUAAAACUAAUGAAAAACGAUAGUGUCCCAUGGCUGUAUUAUGACAUAAAUGGCUGAAUACUGCGUGACGUGUAGCUUUGCAAUGUGCAUUGUCCAUGCUUGUAUUAGUGCUGCUCAUGUAAACUGCCCUGAGUAAUAGCAGUGUUGCAAGCUUGUGUACGGAUCUUAGGUACAGAAAGUCAAAUUGUGUAACCUGAGUUGUAAUGAGACCUGACUUCAAUUAAACCUUGUGUGUGCUGAUUGAAUGAUUUGAUUGAUAUACAACAGGAUACUAAACCAUGCUAAAGAAAGAACAGAAUACUGCACUGCUCUGUAUCACCAGGAUGUGUAAGCAGUGUGCAUUUCAAUACCUUCCUGCAUUGCUUGCUGUUCUCUGAGUUUAAUAAAGUAUUAGUAUUAAACUCUUGCUUUGAGUGUAUCAUUCUGCAUGAACCAAUUCCAGUAACUCACACUAGUGAGCCACAUAACACAGGGAAAGUAAUUAGUAGUUAGAAUGUGUUGCAAUGGAGCUGCACUGACUCAUGCUGGAGGCUCAAUGCACCAUUAUUCAAAUCUGGAUGCAUUGUUCAGUGUAAUAAGAGAUAACAGAAGACUAUUGCUGUGUGCUCUAUGCAGUAAAGGGUUACCUGGAGCCACGGUCGCCCCAUUACAAACAGUGACACUGUACAGUGUUAAUGUGUAAGGCAGUCCCAGCCUUUCAUUCACUGAGGGAGCUGCUGCCUGGUCACGUGAACAACAGAGCCCACUGUACUCUCCUGGUGGUUGAUGGGUAUUGUAGUUCUAAAAUGAGGGGAAGUAUGUGUUUAUUUAAAAUAGAAGACAGUUGACAAUGAAGUUUUUCCCAUCACAGCUUGUUGAAAACCCUUUAAGUAUGAACUAAACUGUAAUUCUUCCCUGUGUUUUGUUUGUUGUUUUAAAGAAAAAAGCAUACAGAGCUAAAAAGAAAAAAAUAGGUCUUAAACAAUCUGAUUAUAUACAUUUUUGCAGCCUUAAUCUUUUUGUUUAGGAAAAAUAGUUUUCAAAACUUCCUUUUGAGAAAAUUAUUUGUAAAUAUAAACUGUAAAAUGAACUCCAAAAAAAAUCAAAUAAAAUGUCCUGUCAGGAGAACUUUUUAAACCAGUUAUCAAACGCUCUCUAGCAGCAGUAUAAAAGAGACAUCACUUCGCUCAUGGGUGGGGUGAGCGUGCAGGGAUGCUUCAGUUUAGGACAGGAUAAGAAGUGUACUAAACCAUCAUUGCAGGGGGAAGUAGUAUUUUAUAAAACACAAUUCUUCAUCAGAAUGGUGCGCAAUGCAUCAAACCGUGUGAUGUCUGUGUUACGACUCCACGAUUGAUUCAUCAAGGCUGUGGGAUCAGUAUGAUUUUACUAUACUAUCUCCUGUGUGUUCUGAACUUCUAUAUUACCUUAAAAAUAAGGCUUUGUUGGGACUGGGUCUGCACGCCCACCCGAUACGCAUGCCAGCGUCAGUGACACACGGUCAGGUACGGUGAACAGCGUUCAGUGCUCACUGCUGCUGGUGCGUAAUUCCUGUAAUAUGGCAGGUCAGCAUUAAACCAUCGAUCAGUGUAGCACCGUCGCUGAUCAGCAGCCAAUAGCAAUCUAGCAAGCCAACAACACAACUAGCACACACUAAAACGCUUAAAAACAGAAUCAAGACGGGACUCUGCCUGAAAACUGACCCAAGAGGAGGAAGCAAGCUGCAAGCGAGUCAACGACCCCAAGCAACGAGACUGAGGCCCGGCCGGAGGACUGCCGU